ACAUGAAUUGCACUCCCCACGAGACUACACAACGGUAUUGGGCAUUUCCCUGAACACAAAAUUUGGGUUUCAUGUUCCUUACCUACCACAGCGUGGUUAAUAAUAAGAAAUAUAUUUUUUCACUAAUUAUAAGUUGUAAACGGGUUACCUAGUUAUUUGUAGUGGUGUGUAGAAAUUGCCGCGAAAAUAAUAUUUCAAAAGUUGCUGUCGGCGUUGUGCGGAACUUAUAUUAUCGGUUCUGUCGACCCUCACAUGGAUGGACUAUGAACAGUGAAUACGGAUCAAUGGUGGAAACCUGUCGUGGAACGUGUGAAUGAUAGUGAAAUAAUUCGAUAACGAAUUACAUUUCGGAGUUCGUCGAUCUGUCAAAAUAGUAAAGUGAUAAGUGAACGAUGCGCACCGUGCAAUGCGGUUGUUUACUAAUUUUUGACUGAAACUAUCCACGGCGUCGCUACAGAAUGUAGUCCGGGAGCUUAGUGAGACGUGGAACAAAUAAAAGUGCUUAUUAAUUCUAAAAGAAGUGUGCUGUGACCGUAAACAUGACGGACUCGACGACCAUCACACCUACUAUGGUUAAGGUAAAGACGGAGAGGCCUGAUGAGGCCGAGAUCAGGGAGCUGGCUGCUAAGAUGGUGGAGGCCAACAAGGCUAAGGCGUUGGCGGCGUCAGUGGCAGCGGCGCGGCCCCCGCCCGGCUCGCUCGUCGGCGUGGCGCCGCCGGGCUCGGGCGGGCAAAUGGGCAUCCUCAACUUCUUAUCCAGAAAGCCUGGCUCCAACACUAACAUCGACACGCGACCUCUCGACGGCGGCGACAAGAAGGCCCCGGCCCCAGACGAGGCCAGUUGGAAAGGUCACUUCGGCUGGGACAUGCUGGGCAAGUGCCACAUACCAUACAUCUACCGGUCCAGCGAGAAGUAUGUGGCUGUCAGGAUGGUGGAGAUCAAGCUGCUGAACAAGUACCUGAACUACCUCCACGCCGACAUCUACUCGUGUACGUGCAUCAGGAGUUACUACAUCACCGAGAUCGAGGCUCGACUGCUCAAUGAGAUCAACAACAGGCAUUGUGACGGUCAGUUUGGGCGGGAGCCUUUCACACAGAAGGACUUGGUGGUGAGGCUGUCCGAUGCCUAUGAGUUCUACAACUUCCUGGACGUUUGUUACAAUAAGUUAUUAAGAGGAACUACAAACAGUAAAGACAAGUGUGGUUUCAUUAGGAUAAACAAAGAGUCUGUAGUUCCUUACACAGUGCGGGACAGUCAGAAGUUUGUUCCUCUAUUUUAUUUUGAAGGUGAAACGGACAACUUAAAGUUAAAGGCUGACCAGUUAAAAGGUUGGGACUUAUCAUAUCUUAAAUUCUGUUGUAAAGUGCAAGGUAUUAGGAAUGAACUGUUUGCGAGUGAGACGUGUUCAGUGAUUAGUUUAUCGGACAUUAAAAGUUACUUCCCGCCCGGGACUGAAUUUGAAGAAUACUGGCCAAACAAAGUGGUUGAUUCACAGUUGCUGAUAUCGGCUAAAGGUUCAGUAUCAGGAGGUGGUCAGUGGACGCGAGCGCCGCCCGCGCCUCCACCGGGCGUCGGUGUCGGCGUGGGCUCCGGAUCCGGAGUGAACCUCAGCAGUGUCAGCAGCCAAUCCACAAGAGGCCGUAGGGCUGCGACACAGCGCCACUCUCCUGCCUCGGCCGCCAUGCAGAUGCCGCACACCGGGCUGUCGGCCGCGGCUGUCCAGGCUCUAGCCAACGGUUGGAGCUUGCCCGGAACCCUAACACAAGCGCAGACCCAGCAAGUCCUGCGGCUCGCACAGGCGCAAGUGGCGCAGGCGCACGUUGCGGCGCGGUAUAAUAACGCGGCGAUCGCAGCGGCGGCCGCGGCGUUGCCGCAACACCGCUCGCAACAUCAGAGAACAGUACAGUUUCCGAACAGUGCAAUAACAAUGGCGAUGGGUCAGCAGCCCCCUCCACCUCUGGUGAGGAGCUCGGCAAACACCUCGACUAUGAAUGUACCUCCUCAAGUGACCGGAACAAUGAAUGGCCACUCAACCUCUCACUCCGUGGACAGUCGCAAAAGGCUUACCCCAAUACCCGACAUCAAUAUCACUGGCAACCAUACGCCGUAUAAGGUGCAGAAAGCGUUGGUGGAGAACACAAUGGUUCCGUGCAUCAACGCCAAGCCGUACCAGUACACCGAGCUGCUGAUGACGCUGCCCGACCUCGCCAGCCAUUUCUUCCCACGCGUGUCGCUCACCACUUGCCGGGCGAUGCUGGACGCGCUCGGCAUCACGCUCUACAGACCUAACUCUACCCAGCUGCAAGUGCUCCGCAACACCGGCAAGUGCAAGUCGGCGGCGGCGGGCGAGAACGGGCUGGCGCUGGUGCAGAUCCGCGACGUGAUGCAGCACAUGCUGCAGUUCAAGUACAUGCUGCGCUCCGGCCUCGCCGCCGACGACGCGCCGCACGCGCAGCCGCGCCCCGCGCACGCGCCGCCGCCGCAGCCCAAGCGCGCGCGCGCCAACUGACCGCCGCGGCCCGGCCCCGCUCUACUGCUCACCCUCACCGGUACACGCUGCGCUCCGGCCUGGCCGCCGCGGCCCUUCCCCGCUCUACUUGUGACCGUUCAAAUUGUGGCUAGUGCUGUGCGGAAACUCUGCAUAAAAGGUUUUCACUCGGAGUUCUUUCGCGCGGGUGUACUGUUACCGAUUGCGGAAUUAAUGAGACUGUCCACGAAAUACAAACAUUCAAUGUGAAAAGGACUCGUCAAUUGCCCAUAGCUUGUACAAAUUGUAUGAUACUAUAUUGUAAAUCAGAAGAUCUUAUUUAUAGCAAUCUAUUUGUACUAUUCAAUAGAAGACUGAGAAUUUUAUUUUUUAAAUAAUUUCCUAAAACAAAAGCUAUAGAGAUGUAAAUAUUUUAGUUGAGUCAUGUUAUUCUGGUGUGUGAUUUGGUAUGAAUUUUAAGUUAAUUUGUAUGUUGAGUUUAUGUAUACGAUCUGUAUAUUCGUACACUGCAUUUAUGCAGUAUAAUGUUGUUUUAGCAAUACAUCAGAUAAUGUACUAAAAGUAAUUUUAAAAUUUUAGUAUAACAUUGGAAAAUUUUGCUUUAAUUGCAUAAUAAAAUGCUUAAAUAUGACAUCACCAUUUUUUAAAGUAACUACACAAACUUAGUCACACUUUUAUGUCAUAAUUAUGGUAAAUAUUCUACCCAAAUUAAUAUAAGAGACAUAAUUAAUGAUUGUGACAUUAGGAGUAAUUCAUAGCUAUUUAGGGCCAUGCCUCCAAUUGUAAUCUCUACUGCUCAUAGGUAAUCAAAACUAAGAAAGUAAAGACUUAAACCAACACAACCUGAACACAAAACUCCACAACUUGAUGCCUUAUUGGACUCGUAAAUUAAAAUAGUUAUAGUAUCGCAUGCAUUGAUUUAAGUAGCAUAAUGUUGAAAUAAAACACUGUAACACCAAAUCUGGUAAAAUACUACCAUUACCUUGAUCUCCCAGGUAGGGUGAUGAAUACUUGGUGUAUUGUGACCAUUACAAAGUGAGGAAGAGGUCCAUAUUCUGUAAAGGAUAAAUAAUAGUCUGCAAUUUAGAUAUUUUUAAGAAACUAGCCCUUAAUAUAUGCAAUAAUAUGUAAGGCUAAAUAGGGCAAUAUAACUUAAGUUUAGCCAGAUUUGGUUAGACGAUUUUAUAAUUUUCCUCAUUCAUUACCCACUAAAAUAAUAGGAUAAUUGAGUUUAAAAGAGGCCUGUGUGGGUAAUGGAUGGGUUUGGGUGCGUUGAUUGAUUUUAAAAAUAAAUGCUAAUAGCUCAUCCUUGUACUAAACACUUUAUGAGGAAUUCACGCUAUCUCUAAAUAGUAUUAUUAAAACUCCAUGCAAUUAAUUUAUUUAUUUUUUUGAUAGGCCAAUAGGAAAACCCCAAUAAAACUUUUGUCAACUGUAUAUUGAAUUAAUGUUUUUUUGUAAAUAUUAUGGGGGUUUCCUUUAAAUUGGAAAAAUUCUGAUUUACCUAUCGAAAAUCGCACAGUAAUUCGUGGUGCGUGGGUUCACUGAAAAGAGGCUGUGUUGUUGGCAGUUUUGAAAUUACGUAACGCACCUGAUAAGUUUCCUUGUUUUACCAGUGAUCAUUGGAAAAGUAAGAUUAAUAUAAAUUAAAAAUAUAUUUCCAUUAGGAAACUUUAAUAAUUGUUCCUAUAAAUGGGGCUUGUUUUGCGGAAGUCAUUUUCUGGAUUGUUUUAUGUUCUAUUGCUUGCUAUGCUUCCUAAUGAAGGCUAUUCAUUCAAAUAAAAAUUGCAAUUAGUGAAACAAUUUAGAAAUGGCAUCCAAAAAAGCUGCUAAACCUUAAGACUUCUUGGGAUUUCAUGCGCUUUUGUUGCUACUGUUUCAUCUGGUUGAAUUCAUCACAGAUUAUAAACGCAUUUAAUUAAAAGUAUUUAAGUGGAAUGCUUAAAUAUCACGUAUAUUUAGGUUUAUUGGGGCAGACCUAUAAUAAUUACUAACAAUUGUUCCCUAAAAAAGACAAAACACAGAAAUAUCAAUUUGACUGUAUUUUAAAAACGGAUUCCAAUACGUUGUCAUAAUAUAUUAACCAAAGGCUAAAUAUUUACUAAAUAAAUUUAUAUUGAGAUUUCAUAUUAUUUCCUUUUCUUUAAUGCCUAGCCCAAACACGAUUUUAACAAAUUGCUUCCGCCAGUUUUGUAGAGCAUUUUCCAGAUGCCAUUAACAUAGAUUAAAUUUAAUUCCGCAAAAAACAGUCACUUUAAAAAAAGAAUAUCUACUUAUUAUUACCAAAAACGAUUCUGCUUAUAAAUAAUUUGUUCCGUAAAGCAGAAGCGAAUGAAAUCCUGCAAGUCACGAUUGCUGUGGCAAUGUAUUUAACUUCCAUAUUAUGUAAGGUAUUAUUUUGGUAAGGUGAUUUGUUUUCAUAAAACUUGAUAUACCUAAUAGUGUAACAUUCAAACUGCAUUUAUAUUUUCCAAUUGGCGUAUUAACGCAUCUUAAAUUAGUAACACCAAUAAAACUGACCUAAGCUUCCAAUUUACAUAUUAUAGUUAAGCUAAUAUAUUGACAGUGCUUGACAUAGCAAGCAAGUUAGGCAAAUAUACAUUUUUGCAUUUUAUUAGCAUAAUUUCGACAUCCGGUGUAGAAGAGCGCGAUUUCACAAAAUGAAUAAUGUAAAAUGUAAAAUAAUAUAGGUGUACGUACGUUUAUUUUGUAUACAAAUAUACAAAAGCAAUAUCAAGUUUCAUGUAAACUGUUAAGGGACACAUAUAGUUGGCCUUGGUAGUGAAGGGAAGCUAGUGUAGAACCUUUAUUAAACUAGUUUAUCUUUUGAGCUGUGUAAAGUACGCUAACUUAUUUAUGAAUAGCUAUAAGAUGGCAUGGUAUGUCUCGUGUACCUGAAAGAUGUACCCAAAUGCCGGUAACUCGUCGCUAUUACGCGAACGUUGUGAGCAUAUAAUGAAGAAAAAAUAAAGUAUACUUUAUAACAAA